AUGCUGAGACACGCAUCAACAAUUUCCUUGGCUUUGGCCAUAUUUGGAACCGCGCAUGCCGGCUUCACUCCAGGCACACAAGACAAUCUAGCGGCUUAUUGGGGUACGUGCCAAUACCCGGAUAUCAGCAGCUUAAGAACGACACGAUCUGACAGCUCGCAGGACAAAAUUCCAUUGGCCGGCCGACAGGACAGGCAGGGGCGCAAGAGGGCCUUGGUUAUUACUGCAAAAAACAUGAUGCUGAUCGUGAACCUCACAGAUGUCAACGUCGAUAUCAUACCCCUUGCUUUUCUCAACAUCAUCGUCAACCCCACCAACAUCAACUUUGCCAACGUCGGAGAUCGUUGCUCCAAGUUUCCGGGGACGAACCUUCUCAAGUGUCCCGAGAUAGAAGCCGACAUCAACACAUGCCAUACCCUAAACAAGACCAUCUUGCUGUCCGUCGGCGGCGCGACAUACUCCGAGGGCGGCUUCCCCAACGUAGAAGCAGCCAACAAAGCCGCCGACAACCUGUGGGCCAUGUUUGGCCCUCCUCCUGCUACUAGCACGAGCGAGGCCGCGACGGUUAACCGCCCAUUUGGCACGGCGUUUAUAGACGGCUUCGACCUCGACUUUGAGUCGCGCGGGAUCAACAACCUAGCCGCCUUUGCCCGCCGACUGCGCAACAUCAUGGACGCGGCCGCCAAGCCGGCCGAGGUCCUCCCCACCAGCGACAACUCGUACCCGAUGAUGCCGUCACCCAACGAGGCGACCAAGAAAUUCUACCUCGCCGCCGCGCCCCAAUGCGUCUUUCCCGACGCGGCCAUGGACGCCGCCCUGUCGAGCGACGUCGCCUUUGACUUCAUCAUGGUGCAGUUUUACAACAACUACUGCGGCCUGCAAAACUUCCAGCCGGGCGCCGCGCAGCAAAGCGCCUUCAACUUUGAGCGUUGGGACCAGUGGGCGCGCGAAAAGGGCCGCUCGACCAAGGUUCUGCUGGGGGUUUCCGGCUCGCCCACUGCUUCGGGCAGCGGCUACACGGCCCCGGGUCCUCUGGAUGCCAUUAUCAAGUACUGCAAGCGGUUCCCGAGCUUCGGCGGCGUCAUGAUUUGGGAUGCUUCGCAGGUCUGGUCCAACAACGGGUUCCUGGACGGAGUUGUGAAGAGUCUGGGAGGGGCGGCCACCGAGACCAGCACCGAGUCCAGCACCGAGUCCAAUGAGCAGCAGGCAGGCAGGCCUAUCCAGAUGACCAGGGCCGUCAGGGUGCCCAGGUUUGGGAGGUGUGGAGGACGGUUGUACACGGGGCCGACCGAGUGCGAAAAGGGGUACAAAUGUGUCUAUGGCGGAGCCUUGUGGUCGGUGUGUGCGUAA